AGAAGAAGGGCGCAGACUCCUGCCUACAGGAAGUGUUGAGUUGGUGCUGGUAGUAGCUUUAUUUCUCUGUGCUUGUUUAUUUCAUUGACUCUGACAGAACAUAUCCCUGGUCCGGCUGGAUGCUGCCUUCACCUCCUCCAUCCUCCCAUUCCAGCUCAGCCUGUUGAGUGUGUGCAUGUGUGUGUAUGUGUGUGUAAAUUGAGUCUUGAUCCAUGUGAGCAUGUUUCUGUAGGAUAGUGUAUGCGAGUGUGUGUGUGUGCCCACCAUGUCCCCGUCUCCCUCGCUGUGUCUCCACCUUCCCCUCCUGCUGCUUCUCCUCACCUCGUCUGACUCUUCCCUGGUUCCUGAAAAGGAGCCGGAGACCCAGCCCAGCGCCACACCAGCUAACUGCACCACUGGAUGUGUUAAUGGUGGUGGCAGUCAAAAUGAAACAGAUCGACAGAUGAAUGAGUCAAUAGACGGACUGGAGAAGGUGUCCCUCAACCAAUCUGCAUCCAUCAACCACAUCUUAAACAUCUCUGUAGUAUCUUCAACUCCACUCAACCAAUCUUCAGAGGCACAGGCUGCUCAUACUGCGCCCAUCACCAGCACUGCUGCUACUACACCCACAAUUGCAAGGAAUCACACCUCAACUACACCCACACCACCUCCAAUAACUCCAAAAACAACUACACAAACAACACCCUUCAUGACAACAUCAACGACUCCACCAACAACAACAACAACUCCACCAACAACAACAACAGCUCCACCAACAACACCAACACCAACCACCAGACCACCACCCUUCUCCACAGCAGCAGCGUCAAACCCUGCAACAACUAUAAAAACUACAACCCCACUACCAAAAGCUAACACGACCCUUAUGGUGACUACAACCAAAGGUACGCAACAGACGAAAGCCCCAAGCUCUGCAGCGCCACCACCAGUUCAGACGUCUUUACCCAAAGAGACCACCACCGUAACCGUCAGGAGCACCACUACUGAAAAUAACAAAGAGCCUGUUGCCUUUGGAACGGUGGUGGAGGUUGCUGGGUUGCCGUUGACACUGCAGCUGGUGGACACGGCGUCUUUACUCUCCGUCUUGCUCUUUGGCCUACUCUUCUUCUUGGUCUCGGUGGCCGUGUUCGUCACUCAGGCCUACGAGAGCUACCGGAGGAAGGACUACACCCAGGUGGACUACCUGAUCAACGGCAUGUACACAGACUCUGGGGUUUGAGGGGGGAGGCACAGCGCGUCUUAUUGCCUGGAGACUGUAACAUGGAGGAUGGACAGCAUGGUGCCGCUGUUGAUUCACAAAGUGAGUCAGUGUUCCUGUUAGACAGUUCACAGGAGAAGAGGGAACGGACUACACCAACAGCCCUGAUCUGCUCCACUUAACUCUUGUUCUUCCCUGCUUCUCUUUCUUUAAUGGCUUCAAUGCUAGGGGUUUGGUCCCAGUUUGCCAAAUGUUGAGCACGUUGCUUAGGUUACCUGUACGUAACCCCGGUUCUAUGCGUAUGUGCGAAGCCCUCUAUUGGUCCACGGCAGAUCUCCUCCACUGCUGGUCAGUCAGUCCAGCUGUGGUUGGUCAGCGUGGCUCGACCAAUCAGGAUGCUUCCAAGGUAAAACAAAAAGAAACUGCUGAACAUCAUUUUUUCUUUACUGAAAUAUAUGUGUAGGCCUUAUUGGCAAAUUGUUUCAGGUUUUGUAUCUUUUCCAGAUGAAUGUAUUUCAACUCUUAAUUUAUAGCAUUAUGCAUUUCUUUCCACAUUCAAAUCGAUGUUUCUAUUUGGAAUAUAAGGUCACAACGAUAUGAAGGACCGAAGCAGAUUUGUGAAUAUAAUAUACGAAAUGGGACUUUAUUUCACAUAAAAGGGACUCAAAAUGUUAAGUAAAAACUCUUUACAAAUGCUUUGUCAACCUUAAACAAUGACUUACAAGACGUCUUAAGAAUAAUACACUAAGAGGGCUAAGCAAUAAUUCAGUAUAAUAAUCAAUAUCCUUCGUAUCAAAUCUGAUCAUGUGUCUGGGCAAAAUGUGAAUAUUUUAGAAAACUUAACUGAGGAGUUCACUUAAAAUUGGUCACUUACAUUUGAAUAAUUGUUUCUGAUGUAAUACAUUCAGCCUGUCUGUCUGAAUGCUGUUACUUGUAGUUAUUUUUUUAUAUGUAACUGAUAGAAAAGAUGAACUACAUGUGUGUCAGUUGAAUUAUCUUUUGAAUGUAGCCAAUAAUUAACAUCGAGUGCAAUGGAAAAGAUCUGUGACCGGGAAACCGUUGGUGCACAUGAAAUCUGUCUGACAGUGAUGGUGUGUGUAGCAUUUCUCUCUUGCGGUUUUCAGUUUGUUAAACCUACUUUUGACCUUGGUAAUUAGACUGAGUAGGGCUGCACGGUUUGGAAAACACAAAUAAAUUGCGAUUAUUUUUGAUUUGCGAUUUUAUAGGAAAAGAACAUUUACGAAACAUUUUUUAUUUUAUCAUUGAAUGACAUUAAAAUGAUCAACAGGUACAUUUUUUUUUUUUUAAACAAUGAUUAUGAAUUAAUUGUGUGGAAAACAGGACCUCAAUAAUUCAUUCAGAUAUUUUUUACAUAUCUUUCCUUUACAAAAUAUUGCUUCUACUGCGAUUUAGAUAUUGCACUGGUCCAUAUUGCGAUUUCUAAAAAGGUAUUUCUAAAAUGUUCAGCCCUCAUCAGGACAUAGCACUCAGUUCUUUUUCAAUUCUACCUAAAAAUAUAAGACAUAGAUAGAGCAGACUUUGAUUCCGAUUAAAUGUUCGAUGAAUUGUGCAGCCCUAGUUCUGAGAAAUAAUGAUACGUCAACAACAUCUUAAACUGUUCAACAUCUGUUUAGACGAAUGACAGAUGUUGUUAUAGCCUAGCUUAGCUCAACUCCUGCUAGCCUUUCACAUUCUUUGUUACUGCAGCCAGCCAUUACUGUCACCAUUUUAUAAUGUGGACAUCGCACUACUGCAAACGACGAGGGUUACUAUGCCAACAUGUUUUACUUUCUUUUUAUAUCAAAUAUUUCGCAAAUGAUUGCAUUUGAUUUCAGAGUCUUAUGAUUUCACCGUCGUUCCAUUAGCUUUCAUUGAUGACAUUUCAGCUGCUUAGUUUCUUGUUUUUGAACGUGUCCUGCAAUGAAUCAUGGGAACGGCCCCAUACUAGCUUAUUUCAAUACAUUUCAUAUUUUGCUCACAAUUAAUGUCUUUUCAAAGGCUCUGCUAUUUCUUAUCUUAAUUUUGAAUUGUCUGUAUUAAUCCAUCUUCUGUCUGUAUUAAUGACCAAUGUAUGGGUAUUAUUUUGUCCAUUGUUCCUAAACAGAGAAUUCAUCUGGCUACAGAUAUAACUCUGUAUAUUUUCUCAUGUUUUAGUUUUAAUGUUUCAUAUUUCAUUUAUGCAUUUCAAGCCAUUUUUCCACUUUAAAAUGCAUCACUUUUUUCUCAUAAUUAUUCCAUGUGUUAUCCUAAUGAAUGGGUUUAAGUUGCCAUUAUCUUUCCCAUAAUGAGUGAGAAACUGAAUUAUGGAAGUUAUAAAUGUGAAAGCAGGUGUCUUAAAGUUUGCAUUACAGUUGAAAAGUGAUGAACACACACUCGGCAGUAACUGUUACAGUUAUGACCAAUAUGUAAUAUUAGGAAUUAUGGACGGAUGUUCUAAGUUGCUCUCAAUAGAUCUCCAGAGAACAAACAAACGUAUUUCUUGUUGCCUUUCUCUUCCCUCGACCACUUUGUAUUAGCGUUCUCCUCCUGAGGGUUCAUGGUUGAUGGACAGUUGCCAAAUAUUCACUGAAGCACAUUAUUGUAAGAUAAAGCCAUGGAAACAUAAAGCCAUUACUAAUGAUAUACGAUCAUCAUGUGAAACAGAGUAUUUGUGCAGUAAUUACAGCAAAAAGCAUUACCUUAAUCUCUUUAUUUUAUUUGAUUAUUAUUUUCCACAUCUUUAAAGUUUAUGUCACGCCAUAAUAGAUUUUUUGCUUAUUUUUUUUGUAAGAAAAUAAAACAAUCAUUGUAUUUGGAAAAUGUCUGGUUUCAGAAUUGCAGGGGAAUAUAAAAUGAGUUUAAAAGAGCAUCAGAGGCCAUUGGUACUGAAGGAAAGAGCGGCUUUGUUUGAAAUAAUUUAUGUCUAAAUUAUAUUUAUCUCGGGAACAAGAUCUUUAUUCAAAUUUUUUGGGAAAUUCAAUCUUUUUGUAUUAUCCUGUUACAGCCAUAAAACUAGAUCUUUGAUUGGAACACCAGUUCUUAUGAACAAAUAUAAUCCUGAGGUUAUUCAAAUCUGAUCAAAAUAUGAGUUAAUGAAAUGAGCCGCUCUCAUGCGUGGGUGCUGUGAUCUUUUUUCAUGAUCUCUCACUAAUUUUAUUAAGAUUAGCAUGGGAAAUGUUCUCUUGUCAUUAUUGAUCAAAUCUAAAACCAACCCACCUUCCACUCAUUGGAUAAAAACAGACAUAACUGUUUGGUAUUUAGAGAUAUUUAGCAUAGUUCACUUCAUUCUUUGUUCAUUUAUGAAUACGAGUAACAAUUGGGGUUAUGAUUUCACAUUCUGUAAGUUGACUCAAGUUAAGUGAACUCCAAAUGUCAGACGAUUAGAAUGCAAACUGAUGAUGUACUGUGUCCAUGACGUGAGGGAAGCGUUUUCAUCAUUUGAGGAUUUUCUAACUUUGAUUUACACUUCUGAUGCCAAUAAUUGUAACGUGAGCUGUUUGAGCUCCUGGCUGAUGAGUUCAGGGUGGAUCUGUGUUUGCAGGAUGUCGAGAAAUGACGUGUGUGCCAACUCAACAUUGUACGAAUGCACUUUAAAAAUAUAUUUUUACUUGCAGAGUAAAUAAAUAUUGAAAAAGAAAUGUGACUUGUUUGUU